AUGUCGAUCUACCAACAGCUGGACAGCAGUCAACCCACCACAAAACUCGAAGGAGAAUUCAGUAGAGAUAAAUAUCUCACGACGUCGCGGACUCAUCUGGCGAAGAAACUAAAAUUGUCCGAACAACAAAUAAAAGUCUGGUUCAAAAAUAGACGGAUGAAAUAUAAAAAAGAAUGUGGUCGAGCUGCGUCGCCUCAAAUUGUGAACAAUGAUAUGGCGGGAGAAACAACACAAUCCGAGAACUUGAGGACCUUACCGGCACAGCUUAACCCCAAGGAUAUUUCACCAGCUACUAAUACCGUACAAGUGCUUCAAGUUCCUCAACAUUUGAUUCAACCUUCAGUGCAGUACUCACUUCCCAGUGCAAAUGAUCAAAACCCAAUCAAACGAGAAGAUCAACAGUACCAGUUUCCGAUCACUCCAGAGCCGUCCCCAUAG